UUUAUUGUUUCCCUUCAACGUGACUUUACCGAAAGAGCUAAGAAUAUGAGUUCAUAAUGGUCUGAGUCCGGUUACCAAUAACUGCAUGAAAAAAACCCCAUUCGAUAACAAUAUUUUUUUUACUAAAUUUGGAAAAAAUAAAACUCUUAAGAAUUACGAAUAUUAUUGAAACCACUGAAUGAUGAACAUUUAUUUGUAGCGGGGCGUGUGGAAAAGCGCAGUCCACCCCCAGUGUGGCAAAGAAAGGGAUCUCGAAACUAGAUCUGUGAUGUCUUUCUCAAGCACACAAGGCGAUGUCGUGUGUCCCGUGAGAGUUGGCGUGUUAACGAUUGCACGAUAUUGCUUCCAGUAGCACAAUGGGAAUACAAUUCGUCGACGACAAAAUUGUACAAUUUUUAAAGAAAGUUUUGCUGGCUGGUUGGAUGGUUGUCUGCCUGACUGGCUAGCCACGCGUCCCCCCAGCGCCAGUUCUGACCAGUUGGAGACCAUUCGCCACCCACCACGCAGAGGGCAGGGGGGGGGGGUGUGCGGGUGGCCGACACGCGAGUGGAGGGGGCUGCCACUCCGCCGUACACUUGUACUGAUUCAAGCGUGUGCGCCGUUGAACAAGCCAAGUGGAUCAGUAGCAAGCGCAGUGACGGACGCGACCAUGUGCUUUCCCAGGAAUGACUGCGAUGCGAGGGUUGGUGGCGGUGAGCGUGCGUGUGGGAUUGGAUAUACGGACGAGGCGGAGGGAGGAAUCUCUUCUCGUGGAGGGCAUUGGGUGGGUCACACAGCGCCAGAAUGUGGGAUGGGGGAAGGGGAACAUGGGUUGAUAUCUGCUCCGGUCAGGACUCGCCAAAGCCAUCGACAACUGUGACCGGACAAAAUGAGUUCAAAUGGCCAGGACGCAGCUAACGGCGUGCAGGAGACCCCCCCGCCGCUGCUCGCCAGCGAAAACGGCCUCACCAAGCCCGACCUCUCGGCUCACGAUGCCUCCGCAUUGCUGCACCGAGUCUACGGCCUGCGGGUCACUCACCACGCCGGCGUCACGCCGCUGGACAGCUACGAAGACCAGAACUUUUGCGUUCUGCCCGACGGGGCCGAUGGUGGCGGCGGCGGCGGUGGCGGCGGCUACGUCCUGAAGGUGUUCAGCUCGGGUGAGGGAAAGAGUCGCGAGUUUGUGCUCCUGCAGUCCGAGGUGAUGGCGUUCCUCCGCAAGCGAGGAUUUCCAGUGCCGGAGCAGGUGCCCACGCGGAGAGGGGAGGUUGUGUCCAUGGAGAUCGUGGGUGAGAGCCGCGCUUCGCUGAUGGCAGCAGCGAACGUAGGCAGCGCUGUCGGGAUGUCGGCGGUCGCUUCGCGUGUAGUCCACGGGGCGGUGGGGCGCACGCACGUGGUGUGGCUGCUCACCCUGCUGGAGGGACAGUUCCUCUCCGCCAUCCCGAGGGACGGGGCCCUCUGCUUCCAAGUGGGACGGCUCGCCGCAGGCCUCGACAAGGCGCUGCUGGAGUUCCGCAGCCCGCUGAUGUCGUGCCUGGAGCGUCGAGGAGGAGCGGCCGGUGGCUGCGGGGGGGAGUGGGACCUGUGCGCUCUGCCCAGCCUGGAGGCGCGCGUGUCGCUGCUGCCCGGCGAGCGGGCGCGGAGCAUCGUGCGAGAGGUCAUCGCGGAGUUCCGCCAGAAUUUCCUGGCUCGGAGACACGAGUUCCGCUCCGGCCUCAUCCACGGAGACUUCAACGACAACAACAUCCUCGCCGUGCCGGCCAGGUCGCCGCUGCCCGGUGGGGCAUCCCCGUGGCGCGUCAGCGGCCUGCUGGACUUUGGCGACAUGACCCUCGGCUACCUGGUGUUCGAGCUCGCCAUCGCCAUCGCCUACGCGAUGAUCGACGCGCCAGAUCCCGUCGACGUCGGCGGUCAUGUGAUGGCGGGCUACGAGAGCAUGCUGCCCCUGUCCGACGAGGAGAAGGCGGUCGUCUUCCUGGUGGUGCUCGCGAGGCUGAGCCAGUCGGCACUCAACGCGUGGCACAACGUGGCGCUGCACCCGCAGAACGAGCGUUACCUCAUGGUGUCAGCCCCCAAAGCCCUGGCGCUUCUCUGCCACCUCUGGGACCUGGGGCCACGGGUGGUGCAUGAGAGUUGGGCGCGCACGGCUCAACGGUUGCGCAAGCGCUCCGUCGCCAAUCCGUCGACGGAAUCGGAAUCUUGACGGUCGUGGGCUGCGGGAGGAAUCCGAUGAGCUAUGGAGCUCCUUUCUAAUUGUUCUUGAGAGAUGCCCAGCACGGGGCAGGUCGGCGAUUUAAGCCACGCGGACGGACGGAAGCAGAACGCUGCCACGCGCGUAGCGGUCGGCCUCGUGUGGCACACGGGGCCUCAUUUAGGCCGAAGCCAAAUUAAGCUACAGCUGAGGACCUCACAUAAUGAAGGGUCUCUAAAUUCGAAAAAAAAUCAUUUCAAGUGUUUACGUAAUCGGUUGAAAAAUAAAGGAGAUAGGGAAAGGGGAGGGAAGAUUCUCUAAAACAGUUAUUUGCUUUCUGAUAUGACAUAAACCGCACGAAUCGCACCUUCGAUUAAAAGCAAUAAUACUUUCAUUUUAUAUCGAAAGCGUCAUUCACACCAACAGUAUCCCACAAUGCUGAUUAUAUAUAAGGACCAAAUCCCAUAUAUAAUGCAGUUUUGCUACGCGCGGCGCGAAAGAUGCCCAACAAACAAACACGUACCAAACCCGACCACCUUUGUCUCCCUCGUCGCAGUGUUUUACACAUUGCACCAGGUACUAAUUUGAGGCUGAGUCGACCUAGGGGGAGGCCCAGGACAGAUCAUCGUCACUGGUGUUGGCCCAUGAACAGGAAUCGAACUGGGAACGCUGGGUUCAUCGCGCAGCGCGCUAACCGCUACACCACCGCUCCCCCACACCACAGGAACAUUUACGAUUACCGUAAAUAUCAUUCAUAUCUGUCAACCCAUACGGUUUACCCCGUAUUCUUGUGCAGGGAAAUUCAGUUUCCAGUUCCAUACGGCGUACAGCCGUUUCAAUACGGGCAACAUGUUUUAGUCUUUCGGUAAAGUCACGUAGAAGGGAAACAAUAAAAUAAUAAAAAUAUAUUUAUAUAUAUAUUUUUUUUAUUAUUUUUAGAUUGCAGUAUUAACACACAUCGCUGAUUGAGUGAAUCGGGUGAAUAUAUAAAUGUCUUAACGCACCGAUUUAAAUGCAUUUUUUGACAAUUUACAAAAAAAAUCACCGUUGGAUCUGCUGCUUUUACUUUGGUGAUGACUCAAGGUCAUCGCGAAAUGCGUGUGCUGUAACUGGGACAAUGUAUUCCGUUACCUAAAGCGAUUGUCUACGGUUCGCUCUCCUUGGUUUACAUUUUUAAGAGUGAUGUUAUAUUUUUGAAAACUGAUUUUAAUAUACAGUAUACUUCAUUCGUGCGUAAUACGCGAUGUCUUGCAUUGGGUAUAAUGUACAGCAACAAAUACGCGCGCAUAAUCGGACAAUCAAUUACACCACGCUCCUGUAAACACAACAUAAAUCACAGGCGAGUAACCGUUCCCCUUGAACGUGCCAAUUCAAAUGGCGCGCACGCACACACAGCACAUUGCAUCUCAUCCGCUUACUCAAGUGCGGCGAGUUGUCGUCAAUGACUCACACAGAGACCCAUAGACUCACAUAAAGGUCAAUCGACUUGCAUAGAAACCCACACACUGACACUUGAGACCCAUAUAUUCAACACAGAGGGCCCAUAGAUUCAACACGGAGGGCCCACACAUUCACACAGUUCCACUGAGAAACUGCAAUUCGCUGGCAGUGGCUUCAUCUGAACGCUUUAUCGCAUCGAGACCCACAGACUCUCACAGGGUACCCACAGACUCACAUAAGAGACCAGGCCCACAGCCUCACAUGGAGACUCCACUGAGAAUCUGAAAUUUGCCAGUAUUGGCUUCAUCGUCAGCGCUUUUCUCGAGCAGCCGGGCGCUCGCACCCCGCGUCGCUUACCAGGGGGGAAACCGGUCUGGUGGAGCCCAGUACAGGUUGGAUAGCAGCUGCAUCAUCACCAUCAUCACCAUCAUCACCACCAUCAUCACCAUCAUCAUCACCACCAUCAUCAUCAUCACCAUCAUCACCAUCAUCAUCACCAUCAUCAUCAUCACCAUCAUCACCAUCAUC